UACGUAGAGAGUUGUUUUGCUUUGUAGUUAUGUCGGAGGAUAUGGUCCAAGACGGUUAUGAGGACAUCAUGAAUAUUGAUAUUUCAGCAGUCGCUAUUGACAUGAUGAAAAAAAAAUUUGAGUACAUCCCGCAGCUAAAAUACAUGCAGAUGGAUGUCAGAGAUAUGAGCUUCUUUCCUGAUGAUUCAUUUGAUGGUGUAAUUGACAAGGGAACUCUUGAUUCAUUGAUGUGUGGUACUGAUGCUCCGAUUAGUGCUGCUCAGAUGCUUGCAGAAGUGUGUAGACUUCUAAAGCCAGGAGGGACUUACUUGUUGAUUACCUAUGGUGAUCCAACAGUAAGGAUGCCUCAUCUAAGACGACGGAUGUAUAAUUGGAAAGUUACAUUGUAUAAUAUCCCUAGACCUGGAUUUCAAAAGCCAGAAAGUUGCAGUUCAUCAAGGAAAUCAUUGUUGGAACCGAUUCCGCUGGAUGAAAAGGGAUUCAUUCCAAAAGACUGGGUUUUGGAAGAUCCAGAUUCUCACUAUAUAUAUGUUUGUAGAAAGGUGGAUGAUGCUGAGAUAGACGAUCAACUGACCUACCGGUUAGCGGCCAAUUUAUUAUAGGCCUCCUGUUCUUGCAUUGAAGCAGUGGAUGAAGGUAGCUUCUGUCUUGUUGUAAUGCUUUGAUAUAUACCACAGACAUUUAUAUGGUGUUUUGCUGUUUGUUCAAAGACUGAAGAAACUAGGUAUCCACCAUCAUUGGGAUGUUUUGUAUUAAUAUUAUGUUCUCUUGAAUCAAACCAGUGGUCUUAGCUUGUAGAUUACUCAAAUUAUUGUGAUCACCAAAGGGUUAUUACAGAUUGCUACACACAUUGUGUUAUAUUGCUUUUAUAUCA